UCUUAAUUCUCUUUCUACAUCUACCAAACUAAACUACCAGAACUACUUACUACCCAUUUAACGCCAACGACGCAUCCUUCCUUUUACAUCAUCUCAAGUCCUGAUCUAUUUCGCAACCUCGCAACCAUCUUCGUUCAUCUUCAUCUAUUCAACUCUAGCCUAAGCCUGUCUACUUACCUCUCCUCGCUUAUCAGCGACCGCUUGUUCCGAGUCUAUUGUUUGUUGUCUUCUUGAGGCAGCGCAUUCACUUCCGCCAAGAUGAAUCCUGAAUACGAUUAUCUCUUUAAGCUCCUCCUCAUCGGUGAUUCCGGUGUUGGAAAGUCUUGCCUUCUGUUGCGAUUUGCCGACGAUACCUACACCGAGUCGUACAUCUCGACCAUCGGUGUUGACUUUAAAAUCCGAACUAUCGAGCUUGACAGCAAGACUGUGAAGCUACAGAUCUGGGAUACCGCUGGUCAAGAGCGAUUCCGAACCAUCACCUCGUCCUACUACCGAGGCGCUCACGGUAUCUGCGUCGUCUACGAUGUCACCGACAUGGACAGCUUCAACAACGUCAAGCAGUGGCUGCAAGAGAUCGACCGAUACGCUACCGAGGGUGUUAACAAGCUACUCGUAGGUAACAAGAGCGAUAUGUCGGACAAGAAGGUUGUCGAGUACACCGUUGCCAAGGAAUUCGCCGACAGCCUCGGUAUUCCAUUCCUCGAGACCUCGGCCAAGAACGCUUCCAACGUCGAGCAAGCUUUCUUGACCAUGGCCCGACAGAUCAAGGAGAGAAUGGGAUCUCAGGCCACCACAAACACCAAGCCUGGUGUUCAAGUCGGUCCCGGACACAGCGUGUCUAGCGGAAACAGCGGUGGCUGCUGCUAGAGCGGCAAAUUAUGAUACCCUCGUACAAUCAGCAAUCCUCACAUGCACUUUUGAUUUCCGAUUUCCUGGGACGGACUGGCAGUAAAGGCAUGAUGCAUAUGGUCAGGAUGGCAAGGAGGCGGGAUGUGUUAACUUUUCGCUUUUGACUGCGGAUAGAUAAAUAUUCACUUCACUUGGAUCCUAACCUAAGCGCCGAGAUUGCUCUCCAGGUUCUUCCAUCCCUCAGGAAAACCCUUACGAAUUAUAGCAUGUGUGUGAGAGAGAGCGGGUUCACCUAAUGGUUCGGGGAGGGCGGCUUAACAGCAGCAGGCAGCCUUCUUCUGGUCAAGUUACGUACUAAUGCGAUAUUUCUCUCAUGACUACUCGGGCGAAGCCUGUUUGUACUAGAAUCUAUGUGCGGUUGCUUCUUUAGAAACCUAUGGCAUUUUCCUGCGGGUGGAGAGAAUGAAAGAAAGAAAUGAGUUUUACGUUUUGUGUGUAUUUUCCAUGACCGGCUGGGGAGGAAUCGAGAGAAUGAUGGAUAGUGGAGAGUUAUUUCGACAUAUCAUCACGACUAUGGUCAUUCACUCUCGUUUUUCCUCUCUACGGUGUAACGCGUUCUUUGCUUGCCAAUCAAGGGGGUACUUAAUCAUACAGACUUGUGCGUAGAAUCUAGGAUAUAUCUAUCAAUGAUUUUAGACUUGUG